AGAAAUCAAUCAACUAAAUAAAUAAAUUUCCCAUUUCCAUUUAAUUUUUUCAAAAUUCCUCGGUAACUUCCAAAUUCCCCCCUCUUGCUCCUCCAUAUAAAAGGGCAGCUACUUCUGAAGCAAAAAUAAUUGAUUCAGUAAAAUCCCUCGCGAAAAAUGCGGCUAAUAAACACCGGUAAAAGCAACGGAGCAGCGGAUCACCGGGAGGAAGCAAAACUCCGGCGAGGUGGUUGUAUAAUAAUGACUGCCGGAGAUGAUGAAGAAGAUUGUAGAACAGUGUGUUACUCUCCAGCACGGGUGGUGGUUUAUCGGUUGCUUGCAAUUGCCCGAAAAUGUCGAAGUGGUGGGAGAAGAGAGAAAGUUCAGGUUCAGGUUAAAGAGAGUGAGGAAUUUUCGCCGGGAAUUAUGCGGCAGAAGUCCGAAGAUCGCCGGAGAAUCAAUGUUUCAGGACUUCAAAGUCAGGAGAUGAGUUUCAAUCUGGCCGCGGGGCUUGGGUUGCUAUCCCUCAUUGCUGCUAGCAAAACAGAACUCGACAAAACAAUGGAACUGCGCAAGCAAAUGGAAGUGUUUUUAGAAAGUUUGAAAGAGAACAAAGGAAGAACAACCACAAAACCACCCGAUUCUGAAAUUGCAUACGCUGUUAGCACUACCCUCGAUGGCCUUAGUAAUUACUCCAUGGAGGAUCAUGCUCCCUCACUCAGCCAACAAGGAUAUGGAAACACUUAUUCAUGUGAUACACACUGUAACUUGUAUCAGAAAGAGGAGUCUGUGGAAGGUAUAAACCAUCUUGAGGCAGAAUUAGCAGCUGAAUUGGAUCGACUGCAGCUUGAUGUAGAGGCUGGAGGUUAUAUAGAAACUGCAGAAUCAUCUGAAAUUCAGGAGGAAGUUAACGAGAUGGCUUCUGAAAACACAGCUAAUGGAAGUGUGAAUAUGAGCUCAGGGGAGGUGAUUGAUCCACAGUAUGUUGAGAGUCCAGAGUUUAGUGGUGUUCCACCAAUAGAACUAGAGAGACGGUUGCAUGAGGUACUUGAAGCAAGACAAGAACAACGGAUAAAAGAACUAGAAGCUAAUCUAGAACGUAUGAAGAAAAGGCUUGAGAAGAAGGAGGUAGAAGUUACUUGGUGGAAAGACACUGCUAAACUUAUCUCUAAGCAAGUCCCUGAAUCUUCCCGUUCCUUCAGCAGGUAGCUUUACAAAACUAGUUUGUGUUGAUUGAUCAACUGUUGAAGAACCGAAGAAUUCGACAUCUGGCUUAAAUUUUGCUUAGCAAUGGGAUUUUAGCUGUUUAAAAUCCCUUAGCUUUACUUCAUGUAAAUUCUAUCUACUGUUUGCAACAGCUCUGUGUUUUUUCUGAUGAGGGAUGUCCAUAUUCGCCUUUCUAAUAAUGGGUUGUACUUUUGUUGAUUUGGUAAAUCAAAAACAUGUUAUGUUUAGGCCGUCUCGCUGCCUUUUAUAUUUGUUGAACUAGAUUUUAGCCCGUACGAUGCACCGGAUUCUAAUAAAUUGUUAAGUUAAAAUAAAACUUAUAUAUACACCAACUGCUAUAUUUAUAUAUUAGAUUAUAUUAUUUUUUA